UGUUUUAACAAAAAACACUAUAUUUAUGCCCAGAAAGUACUCAUGAAAGAUAUGACCGUCUAAAAUCACUUGCCAUACUGCACGUCACGGUGGUCUUUUAAAACAGCUAAGCACCGACAGCAACCGUGGGACAAUUUAAGAACCAUUUUAAAAGAUCAAUGUUAGAAAAUUAACUUUGAACAGUUAGGGGGAGGCGGUCAGCCCUGUAAUCUUAACAUAAGAAUUAUAAAAAUUGACUGCAUUAUAAAAAGUUAUGUAAAUAUUCUUGUGACCAGGCGAAAUAACACUAGGCCUAUCAACAUUUGUCAAACACAGUUUUGUGGGGGAGGGAGGGGAUCACAGAUUAACUGUUCAAGUUAGUAAGCUUAAUCCAACAUUGAACUUUGAGAUGCUGCUGUACCUUAUUCAAAUUAUUACCCGAAUAUUGGGCAUAAAAAAACAUUUCAUUAGCAGUUUAUUAAAACUGCUAUUUGGAAGUAAGGAACGGAUUUUAAAACGAUCAUCAUCGGGCGAUGAUGAUGAUGAAAGUGAUGCAUGUUAGACUUCUUUUUAAGAAGCUAUUAAAGGUGCGACAACUCAAUGCAGAGGGGCUGUUCAACGAUCAUCGAUCAGUGUCAAACACUAAAAAUAUAAGUUUGGAUAUUUCAUAAAGACUGGCAUAUAUUUUUAUCAUUUACUAAGAAACCCUCCAGAUCAUGAACAUUCAUUCAGGUGAUAUUCCUCUUGAAACGUGGCACUGCCGGGAUUUAAAAAUGACUCCCCCGGGCCGUCAGAAGCUUUGAACUCGGAAUUUAUUCAUACAUUUCAAAAACUUUUAGGUAUAAUUUUCUCUAUACAGUCCAGGCCUUGUUGCCCCUUGAAAGUCAAACGAAUGUGAAUGGUAUCGUAAAGUCGGUAUUUUGUUUAAAAAUCUCGAACGACCACUCGUUCGGUUUUCUACUGAAAGCCACGUUCAUUUCCGGUUUACAAAAUGAAGAAUAUUUUUUGUUUUUCGUUUGUAUUAUGCCUCAUAUUAGGCGGUAUAGCGGCCCAUUCACAUGAUCAUGGGCACGCACACGAUCAUGGGCAUGCACAUGACCAUGGACACUCACACGACGAGCCUGCGCACCAGAAAUACUCCAGAUCUGCAAAUGAAAAGCCACCUCCAGAUGCUCAUGCCGGUCAUGGGCACGCACACGAUCAUGGUCAUACUCACGAACCUCAUGGGCACUCACAUGAUCAUGGUCAUCAGCAUGGACAUGCACAUGAGCACCAUGGACAUUCUCAUGAACAGCAACCGCCACAAAAACAAGCUGGUAAUACGAAGCCAAAGAUAACAAAGCCUGUAGAUUCUACUUUAAUGUUAUGGGCAAAAGCGCUAACAUCAACGGCAUUGAUCAGUGCAGCUCCGAUAUUGAUUCUUCUGUUCAUUCCACUUGAAAACACUCCUGAAUAUGAACCACUUCUCAAAAUUCUCCUGAGCUUUGCAUCAGGUGGUCUCCUUGGUGAUGCAUUCCUACAUCUGAUUCCACACGCUAUGACUCCUCAUGGGCCUGCUGAUGGAGAUCACAGUCACUCACACGGCCAUUCUCAUGGCGAAGGAGAGGGCCAUGUUCAUGAUAUGAGUGUUGGCCUUUGGGUCUUGGCGGGUAUCAUUGUGUUCCUUAUAAUUGAGAAGUUUGUUCGCUACGUCAAGGGUCAUUCACACAGCCAUGGCCACAGUCAUGGAGCUCCUGCCAAAAAGGAGGAAAAAGAAAGUAAAAAAGAUGAAAAAGAAACAAAGGAGGAUGAUGCUAAAACCAAAGAUAAAAAAGAAGAAUCUGAUAAUAAAAAAGAAGAAUCAAAAGAAAAGAAAGAAGAAUCUAAAGAAAAAAAGACUGAUGAUAAAAUAGUAGAAAAGGAUCAUACAUUUCCUCAAGAAGACAUCAAAGUAUCAGCAUAUCUGAAUUUAGCUGCAGACUUCUCGCAUAACUUUACAGAUGGUCUCGCAAUUGGAGCCUCAUAUAUGGCUGGCACAAAUAUAGGUAUAAUCACCACUAUCACAAUUCUGCUCCAUGAGGUCCCACAUGAGAUAGGGGAUUAUGCUAUAUUGGUGACAUCAGGCUGUUCUCGAAAGAAGGCUAUGAUGCUUCAGUUGACUACAGCUGUAGGUGCCAUGAUGGGAACACUAGUCAGCCUAAUGUUACAAGAUAUGACAGCAGCUGCUACCACGUGGAUCCUUCCCUUUACAGCAGGUGGCUUCAUCUACAUUGCCACAGUGGCUGUUAUACCUGAGCUACUAAGUGAGUCUACCUUAGGCCAAUCCAUCAAAGAGAUUGCUGCAAUGCUCGUAGGAGUCUACAUGAUGGUUCUCAUAGCUGAAUUUGAGUAGUCCAUUCCAGUAUUAUACGCUCAAACGUUUAUAGGUUUAUUUAUCCUUUGAAGUUCAAGGGAAAAAUGAGUUAUUCAGGAUUGGAAUUUGCUGGAGUUGUAUUGGUUACAGGAUCAAGUUAGAUAUGAAUAUCUGUGUGACUUUGUAUAAAUAUGCUAGUACAUGGUUUACUAUAUAGACUUGGAGUGGGAAACUUUUGAUACAAAAACUACAGUGUAUUAGUUUGACCUGAUAUCACCUGAAUAUUCAUUUUUAGAGGGAAUGAGUAAACCAUCUCACAAUAGUAAUCUCUCAGAGUUAAGACUCAAAUACUCCAGCCAAACAUUCAAGCAGUACUUUUGCAUAAGUCUAAAUUGUAUGUAAUAUUUAGAACAGAUCAAAGAUCUCUGAGGUGAGGUGAAGGAAAUAUUGAAUAUUUCUAGGAUUUAAAAAAAUUAUGUUAUAACAUGUCAUUUUGGAAAUAUAUGAAUUAUGAAAAUAGAAGGGAUCAUGUGCAAAAAGAUGUCAAUUUGUCAAAGGUGAAAAUUGCAAAAUAAACUUUUGAAAAAUUAUAAUAAAUGUAGAUAGUUAAUUUGAAUGAUAUUGUGUUAUUCUGAUUUACAUAUGAAAAUGAAGAUACUGUGAAUUAUUUGAUCAUAUUAUUGCUAUGUAAAAAUUGUUAUUUUGACUUAGUAUUGUAACCCUACAACGUUAAGUAAGUCAUGUUGAAUUAUAAUACUGUCCCAUUUUCUUUAAUUCAUGAAACAUUCUCAUUCAAGAAACAUCCACUCGAGGCAUCCAAUUUUUGAGGUGGGGGAAUAUGUAUGGGGGAACCCAUUUAGAGAAUAGAAAGAAUGAUUAAAUGAACUACUUAAUUAAGAUAGUGUAAGUUUGCAGUAUAAUAUUUGUUUAACUUGCCAUUGAACAUGUUUUUUUUGUGUGUAGACAAUGCAAAUGGAACUGAAGCGCCAUCUAAUGGUGAAAUUGUCAAUGUAUAAAUAGGA